GUGAGCCGGGGAUGCUCGCGCGCGGGAGGCCGGGGCUGCGGCCGCCGCCGCUGCUGCUGCUGCUCCUGGGGCCGCUGGGUCCCUGCUCCCCGGGCGCCCCAGCCGCAGGCGCGCCGGCCGACGACACCGCGGAGCUCGAGUUCUCCACCGAGCGGCCGCUGCACCUGGUGAGUCCCGCGUUCCUGUCCUUCACCAUCGACGCCAGCCUGGCCACGGACCCGCGCUUCCUCACCUUCCUGGGUUCUUCAAAGCUUCGUACCUUGGCCAGAGGUUUGUCUCCUGCAUACCUAAGAUUUGGUGGCACCAAGGCAGACUUUCUCAUUUUUGACCCCAAGAAGGAACCAGCCUUUGAAGAGAGAAGUUACUGGCUAUCUCAAGUCAACCAGGAUAUUUGCAAAUCCGGAUCCAUCCCUUCUGAUGUGGAGAAGAAGCUGCGGUUGGAAUGGCCCUUCCAGGAGCAACUGCUGCUCAGAGAACAGUAUCAGAAAAAGUUCAAAAACAGUACCUACUCAAAACACUCAGUGGAUAUGCUAUACACUUUUGCCAAUUGCUCAGGACUGAACUUGAUCUUUGGUCUAAAUGCAUUACUACGAACCGCAGAUAUGCACUGGGACAGUUCCAACGCUCGGUUACUCCUGGACUACUGCUCUUCCAAGAAUUAUAACAUUUCUUGGGAACUAGGCAAUGAACCUAACAGUUUCCAGAAGAAGGCUGGUAUUUUCAUCGAUGGAUGGCAGUUAGGAGAAGAUUUUAUUGAGUUGCAUAAACUUCUAGGAAAAUCUACUUUCAAAAAUGCAAAACUCUAUGGUCCUGAUGUUGGCCAGCCUAGAAGAAAGACUGUUAAGAUGCUGAAGAGUUUCCUAAAGGCUGGGGGAGAAGUGAUUGAUUCAGUUACAUGGCAUCACUACUAUGUGAAUGGGCGAAUUGCUACCAAAGAAGAUUUCCUAAACCCUGAUAUAUUGGACACUUUUAUUUCAUCUGUGCAAAAAACUUCCCAGGUUGUUGAGGAGACCAGACCCCACAAGAAGGUUUGGUUAGGAGAGACCAGUUCUGCAUUUGGGGGUGGAGCGCCCUUGCUGUCCAACACCUUUGCCGCUGGCUUUAUGUGGCUGGAUAAAUUGGGCCUGUCGGCCAGAAUGGGCAUAGAAGUGGUGAUGAGGCAAGUGUUGUUUGGAGCCGGGAACUACCACUUAGUGGAUGAAAAUUUUGAACCUUUGCCUGAUUAUUGGCUUUCUCUUCUGUUCAAGAAACUGGUGGGCACCAAAGUGUUAAUGGCAAGUGUGAAAGGUCCAGACAGAAGCAAACUUCGAGUAUAUCUUCAUUGCACAAACAUCAACCACCCAAGGUAUAAAGAAGGAGAUUUAACUCUCUAUGCCUUAAACCUCCAUAAUGUCACCAAGCGCUUGCAGUUACCACAUCCCUUAUUUAACAAGCAAGUGGAUAAAUACCUCAUAAAACCUUCAGGACCUGAUGGCUUACUUUCCAAAUCUGUCCAGCUCAAUGGUCAAAUUCUGAAGAUGGUGGAUGAACAAACGCUGCCAGCUUUGACAGAAAAACCUCUCCGCCCAGGAAGUUCACUGGGCAUGCCACCUUUCUCGUAUGGAUUUUUUGUGAUAAGAAAUGCUAAAGUUGCUGCUUGUAUCUGAAAAUGAAAGACAUGUACUAGCCUGGAGACUGAACUUUUGAGUGUAUUGAUAAGAGGAAAGCAAAAUUCAAAGUAUAGGAAGGCGAGCAGAUAUAUUGCAGACCAAUGGGUGGGAGAUUUCGAGUCCCUGGGAGACACUCAGUAUGAGAUUUAGCACAGAAUUAUGUUCUAAGUAGACCCCUGCUAAUAAUAAGCCAAUGUCAAACACCAUGCUUAUAUUUUUGCAUGUACUAUUUUAAGGUUAUUAAAAAUGUACAUAAUAUAAUACAGCCAGGAGGCAAGUAUGUGAAGGAUAUAUUAUUAAUUUCAAGAAAGUAUUUAGUUGUUUUUAUUUAAAAUAAAACAGUUACUAGAAAACUGUCAGAUUCUUCCCUCCAUAUGCUAUCUCUAUGGGCUGCCAUAGAAAAAGUUUACUGUCACAAACUCCAAAUCGUCUAUGAAAGAGAGACAAUCUCUUUGCAUCUUAACAGAGAGCUGAGUUCAGUUGCUGUUUCUCUUCCCUGUUCUGUUUGUCAGUAAUACCAUGUGAGAAGACAGAUGGCCAGAUGUGACAGUACUUUUAAAAAAGUUUAAUGACAAUUCAGAGGGAAGGGAUUAUAUACACUUCAAAUGAAAUAAAAAAUGACUGCAAAUGAAAUUGAUUUACCAGGAGGAGAAAAUUUAACUCCAUACAUUACAACCAUCUGUUCAUGUUUACCUCUGUUAGUCACUCAAUCGUGUCCAACUCUUGGCGACCCCAUGGACUGUAGCCCACCAGGCUCCUCUGUCCAUGAAAUUCUCCAGGCAAGAAUACUGGAGUGGGUAGCCAUUCCCUUCUCCGGGGAAUCUUCCCAACCCAGGGAUCAAAUCCAGGUCUUCCUCAUUGCAGGCAGAUUCUCUACUCUCUAAGCCACCAAAGAAGCCCCAUGUUUACCUUUAAUUUACCUUAAAUUCUUAUUUUAGUUGGCUGCAACUAACAGAAAACCUUGAUUCCAGAGGCUUAAACCACCAGACAUUCGUAAUCCCACACAAUGAGAAGUUCAGGUUGGGUGAGCUACACUGCUGAAAAUGUCACCAAAGAAACAGGUUGCUUCUCUGUCUCUGCUCUACCACCAGCUUCAUUCUCAAGCUGGCAGCACAAUGCCUGUAGCAAUUCCAUGGGCCCAGUCAGACCUGGCAGUAGCCAGACAAAGAUGAGCCAUUCUUUCUGUCUUCUUCAUAGACUUUUGAACUUCUCAGAGGUUCUGUCAGCAAACCUCUCUUCCUGUCUCCUUGAGUCAUAUUAGCCAGGAGGGGGUUGCAUAGCCAUUGUCCCCAACUGCCAACAUCACUGAGAUUCCUCCAAUUGUCUCCUAAUAAUCUUUUGGAAUGGAGAGGGUGUUGAGAAGUCUAUGACACUGACCACUACAGUUCCCUGCUUUUAUCAGUAACAGAAUAUAUUAUUUUCUCCUGUGUCUUAAUUCUAAGAAAUAUAAGUCUCUUUAUAUUUAUGCCUGCUAUGAAUAGUGUCUCAUUUAAGUACAUUUAUAAGGAGCUAAAACUGGUACCUAAAGUUUGGAUGCUUUAAUAUCCUUAAAUUUUAUAUAUCAAUGGUUUUUAUAUUUUCAUGUUUGAAAUAAAGUAAGUUUUGUAACCUAA